GUGCACGCUGCCGUCGUCAUCAGUACAUACAGGAAGUAAUGAGCGGCUGUCUUGUGAACGGGGAACGGAGGAAAAGGAGCCGAAGACGGAGGCGAUAAAAUAAUGACACCUGAGCUACAGCCGGCAGCGGACUGUGAGCUGAACAUCUAACAUCUGCGGUCUCCCCAGGCCUCCGUCCUCCAUGCCUGCUCCCCCAGGCUUCACUCGACUGGAGCAGAAUGAGCCCAUGAACACCCUGCGUAUCUCUGUCGGAGGCCUCCCGAUGUUGGCUUCUAUGGCCAACACCACUGACCCACGUUUCCGCCUUAAAUGGAGGCCCAUCGUGGCGGUGGCUGGCUCCCUGGCCCUGCUUCUUCUGCUCUUCAUGCACUUAAACUCGAGCCUGGGCCCCCGCUCUUAUGACUCGCACGGCUGGAGGGGCAGUCACAGUGACACCCAGCGGUCCGAUUCCAGUUACAACGACACCUACCCUCUCAGUCCGCCUGAGCACACGCUGCAGGGCACCCGCUACCGCAUUGGGGUCAUCGCUGACCUGGACACGGACUCUCGUAGUGACAAGAAGCUGACAUGGUUCAGCUACAUGCGGCGGGGGCACCUGUUGGUGUCCCAAAGUGGCGACAAGAUAGCAGUUGAAUGGGAUGCAGACAGGGUGGUGCUGGAAAGCCACCUAUCGGAGAAGGGCAGGGGAAUGGAGCUGUCUGACCUGGUGGCGUUCAACGGGAAGCUCUACAGUGUCGAUGACAGGACGGGCGUCGUCUACCACAUUGACGGUGACAAGAUUGUGCCUUGGGUCAUCCUACCUGAUGGCGAUGGCGGCGUUGCCAAAGGGUUCAAAGCUGAGUGGCUGGCGGUGAAAGACAAGCACCUGUACGUCGGCGGUCUGGGGAAAGAGUGGACCACCACCGAAGGGGAGUUCGUCAACAACAACCCAGAGUGGGUGAAAGUAGUGGGCUUCAGAGGGGAUGUACGACAUGAAAACUGGGUUCCCAAGUACCAAUCUCUCAAGUCUGCUGCAGGAAUAGAGCCUCCAGGGUAUCUCAUCCACGAAUCGGCAGCGUGGAGCGACACCCUGCAGCGCUGGUUUUUCCUCCCUCGCCGCGCCAGCAAUGAGCGCUACGAGGAGACGGCGGAUGAGCGCCGCGGCACAAACCUUGCCCUGAGCUGCUCGCCAGAUUUCAAAGACAUCAUUGUAAGUCGAGUGGGUCAGCUCAACCCCACUCACGGAUUCUCCUCUUUCAAGUUCGUCCCCAACACUGACGACCAGAUCAUUCUGGCUCUCAAGUCAGAGGAGGACGCCGGUAAGAUCGCCACGUACAUCAUGGCCUUCACGCUUGACGGACGCAUCCUUUUACCUGAAACUAAGAUUGGGGACGUGAAAUACGAGGGCUUAGAGUUCAUAUAGACUGAGAGACUCGCUCUUGAGGCCACUGCACUGUUGUUCUAUUUUGUUUACAAUUCAGUCACUGUUGAAGUUACUGUACUCGCUGCUUCCUCUCAUUGAGACACAACUCCAACCCGUAGAGGAUCAUCUUCAGUACACAUAAAAGAACCAUGGGCUGACACUGAAAAACACGGUCCCGCUUUGGGUUUUGAGAAAGUGCCAGUCAACACAAACAAAGCCAGCAUGUCUCGUGGUGGAUCAUCUCCCUCCCAGGACAAAUGUGGCCCUCAACAGUACUGUAGCCUUCCUUAUAAUGAAUGUACAAAAGAUUGAUUUAUCAGACUGUGAUUUCUUUUCCUGAAGCAUAUGUUUUCAUGCACAUACUGUACACUCUCAAAAGGUCAAAGGUUAUCUUCCCCCUUUGAUCCAUUUUAAACAUCAUCCUAUACACACCGAACAUGCUAUUUUCAGUGAAACAACUUAAGGCCUGUUUUUAUUCCUCAUGAAACUCAAUGUUUGAAGGACAUUUUGGUGAAAAAUAAAUUAUGUGAUGUUUUUGGUGGGAUGACUUGAGUAAAAAUCUUGAUUCCUA